ACGAGAACAUCUCCCACCAAUUGGACCGUGCACAAAGGUACCAUCUCAUCCUCCUGUUCAUUGAUUACAUGCCUUCCAGGCCCGGCCGGCGACCCCCCGUUCCUCAUCAAUUCGAGCCCGGACGAUCUCCGCAUUUCCUCUUUUUGAUCUGAUGAAGAAGUCCUGCUCCAAGAAUCGGGCUUCCCGCAGGAGAUAGAUGUCUGGGUUCGUAGGGGUCAUUAUCUCUGACCCCUCUUUGCAGGGCCAGUUCACGCAGGUCGAGCUCCGAUCGCUCAAGGCCAAGUAUGUGAUUCUGAAGAGGGAGUCCGGACAUGUCACCUCCAAGAACCUACCCGGUUUGAUGAAGAAGCUGAGGGGGCUCAACGAGGUAGUCUCCGAGGACGAGAUCGCUGCGUUCUUGUCGGAGGUUUACCCCGACGAAGACAAGGAGAUUGAGUUCGAGUCAUUCCUGCGGGAGUACCUGAACCUGCAGGCUAGGGUUACCCACAAGGAGGGCGGCAGCGGGGCCAAGCACUCGUCGUCCUUCCUCAAGUCCAGCACCACCACGCUGCUCCACAACCCCAACCAAGCAGAGAAGUCAUCCUAUGUUGCACACAUCAACGCGUACCUUGCUGAUGAUCCUUUUCUGAAGAAGUAUCUGCCGCUGGACCCCGCGGGCAAUGAUCUGUUCGACCUCGUCAGGGACGGAGUCGUACUCUGUAAAUUGAUCAAUGUAGCUGUACCUGGGACUAUUGAUGAGAGAGCCAUCAAUAAGAAAAGAAUCCUUAACCCAUGGGAGAGAAAUGAGAACCAUACACUGUGCCUCAACUCUGCCAAGGCUAUUGGAUGUACUGUUGUCAAUCUUGGUGCUCAAGACUUGGUGGAAGGAAGGACUCAUCUAGUUCUUGGAUUGAUAUCUCAAAUUAUAAAGGUGCUACAAUUUUCCCAUAUACAACUUUUGGCUGAUCUAAAUCUUAGGAAGACACCACAACUGGUGGAAGUGUUUGAUGACAGCAGGGAUAUAGAUGAAGUGCUGAGCAUGUCACCUGAAAAGUUGCUACUUCAGUGGAUGAACUAUCAUCUAAAAAGAGCUGGUUACAAGAAAACUGUUAGCAACUUCUCUUCAGAUGUCAAGGAUGGCGAAGCCUAUACCUACCUCAUCAAAGCUCUUGCUCCAGAGCAUUCCUCUGAAACUGCAUUUGAGACGAAGGAUCCUACGGAAAGGGCAAAACUGGUACUUGAACAAGCAGAGAAGUUGGACUGCAAAAGAUAUUUGAGCCCAAAGGAUAUUACCGAGGGCUCUCCAAAUCUUAACCUUGCAUUUGUUGCACAAAUAUUCCACCAUAGAAAUGGCUUGACUACUGACACCAAUCAGAUUAACCUCACGCAGACAUCAUCACGAGAUGAUCUUAUCUUAUCUAGAGAAGAAAGGGCCUUCCGAAUGUGGAUUAACAGCCUUGGAAUUGUGACAUAUGUAAAUAAUAUGUUUGAAGAUGUUCGAAAUGGGUGGGUUCUUCUAGAAGUACUUGACAAAGUAUAUCCGGGAUCUGUCAAUUGGAAGAUAGCAACAAAACCUCCAAUUAAAAUGCCAUUUAGAAAACUGGAGAACUGCAAUCAAGUCAUACAAAUUGGGAAGCAGCUGAAGUUUUCUUUAGUGAAUUUAGCUGGAAAUGAUAUUGUUCAGGGAAAUAAGAAGUUGAUUGUUGCACUUCUUUGGCAAUUGAUGAGAUUCAAUAUCCUUCAGUUGCUAAACAAACUGAGGUUCCACUCUCAAGGGUCCCAGGGAAAACAAAUAACUGAUGCUGACAUCCUGAAUUGGGCGAAUAACGAAGUCAAGGCUUCAGGGAGAACUUCUCAAAUGGAAAGUUUUAAGGACAAGAACUUAUCAAGUGGAAUAUUUUUCCUUGAACUUCUCAGUGCUGUACAGCCAAGGGUUGUGAACUGGAAGGUUGUAUCCAAGGGUGUAGAUGAUGAUGAGAAGAAGCUAAAUGCUACCUACAUCAUCAGUGUUGCUCGGAAGCUUGGCUGUUCUGUGUUUUUGUUGCCAGAUGACAUAAUUGAGGUGAAUCAGAAGAUGAUCCUAACACUGGCUGCUAGCAUCAUGUACUGGAGUCUCCAGAAACCACCACAGAGUGAAACAUCUGAACAGUCUGCACCAUCUAAUGUGGCUUCAGAUGCUGCUUCUGAUAUCGCCUCGGAGGAUUCCACGUCGAUAAUGGCAUCACUAGAGGGAGAAGAGGUGAAUUCGUUGCCUAAAAGCAUGGCAACGGAUAAUACUAGCACUUCAGAUGCUCUAUUUUGAAUUCUUUGCCUGAUAGUCGAGUUCCAACAUAACCACAAUUGACGAUGCUUCAGAUACAACUCUGGCAGAUAACGAUAAUGUUGUAUAUGCAGAAUGAAGAUUUAGAGUAGUAGUUCUCCAUUCAUCGGGUUUUUUUUUCUGUCUUGCACAUAGAAUAGAGCUAAGCAAAUAUUUUCUCUUUUUCUUGAGUUUGUUUUGUAGUUACUGCACAUAGCAAUGGUCUAUAUAGAGUUAUGAUCAAAAUAGGUCCAUUUUCCCAUUGAAUUUUGAUCAAAAUGUAUACAGAAGGUGUCCAUUGACAUUCUAUUUUUCUUUUCAACAAUUUAUAUGCAUGAAUUAGGAUAGUUCGAA